AUGAUGCCAUGGAAAUUGAAAGUGCUUGUAUUCAAUAAGAUGCGUGAAUAUGCUGGUCACAAAAUUGAAGUAACAGUCUCAUCAAAAGACACAAUUGCAACCAUCAAAGAGAAGAUUCUCGAGAAAACCGAAAUACCAAUCGCUAAUCAGCAUAUUAUCUUCGGAGUAGAAGCACUCAAAGAUCAUGAAACGUUAAAAAGCCGAAACAUCAAGGAUGGAUACACCAUAUAUUUGACGCCAACUUAUUUGGAAUUGUCUGAAUUACCAAACCUAUGA